UGCCAAAGAUUUUGACGAGACUUGAAGGAGCUUCUGCACUGCAUCACAAAUAUGACAACCAAACAUUAUACACUUGCUAACAACUCACAUGAUUUUUCGAGUUGGGAGAACGGGUGGCGUUGUUCCCCCACUGCUCUUUGCAGGCUCUACACACCAGUGGGUUGAGUGAUGGGGUGAUAUCGGCACUUGGGCAUGGACGGAACCGCCCUGUCAACGGCAAGUUCCGGGGCGUGACCAACAUCACACUGUCCAUGGCCAGUCUCGAUCUUCCGCAGAAGGGAGGGGGAGCAGUUUACUCAACACCGGCUGCACGACGCCACCACAAUGCUUCUGCAUUCCCGGAUCUCCGCUUCGAGCAGUCAUACCUCAAGUCUAUAUCACCGUUCAUUUCCUCAACGUCCACAUCCUCCAACGAGGACAAAAGUACUCAGGAGAAGCAUUUGGGGGGCACAAGAUCUUCUCAGGCAGAUCCAGUACACCAGCCUUUGAAUGAAGUAGUGAUUGAGCAGUCAUUGUACGGGGUACCCAUAUCUGUAAAAUGGAGACGAGUUCUCUGGAUGACUACUAGGGAUCAGAUCUUCAGUCCGUUCAUUCAAGGUGCACUUUGGUGAAUGGGCAGGGGCGUUGCAAGCAUUAUGGUUCUUCCGGUGGCUGCGCGGGUGGGCGCAUACUUUCGUUCGCAAGUCGUCGCUUUGCUGGGCC